AUGGCCCGCGUCCGUGUGAACAAGGAGAUCUGGGUGGCCAUGGGGGCACAGGCUUGGUGGAUGCACGAGCGGUGCAUGACAUCAGAAGAAGUCACGGAGCACGCUGAGCUGGUGAAGUCCACUGGUUUGGAGGAAAGCCUCAAGGUGACUGCAAAGCUCCCGAAGGGCUGGAUCAGCAAGAUUUCCAAGACCACUGGCAAGGUUUACUACGUCAACGCAAAGAAAGGGAAGACACAGUGGACGCUGCCAGAAGAGGAGGUGGAAGAGACCGAAGAGACCCACACAAUCAAGCCCCAGCAUGAUGAAGUGUCGAAAGAUGAAACUGAAGACAACGGAGCCGAGAAGCAGCAAAGCGGCGAGGAAGAGCUCACAGAGCUUUGA